CUCGAUUAAUCUUGUUUUAAACCCUAAAAACCUCCCAAGGUGCAAACCCCAAAGUGUAGCUCGAUUAAUCUUGUUCGAUUCUGUCCAAGAUUCUUUCUUUGGAUAUUUACUAGAUUUAUACGAGUUGCGUGAUAAUCGAUAUCACUUGGAAUUUCUCUGCAAUUGAAUCCACUGUGUAGCUCAUGGGGAAAGAUUCGAAGGCAAAGGACGCGGGUGGUAAAGGGAAGGGGAAGGCGAAGCAAGCAGCUUCCGGAGCCGAUGAAAGUGCUUCCAAAGGGAAGGGAAAAUCCGGAAAAGCUGCUUCCGAUGGCCUUGGAACUUGCACUUAUGUCAAAGCAAGGCAUAUACUGUGCGAGAAGCAGGGUAAAAUCAAUGAAGCGUACAAGAAGUUGCAGGAGGGUUGGCUUAGCAAUGGGGACAAGGUUCCUCCUGCUGAGUUUGCUAAGGUUGGAUGUCUUUUUCUUCUUCUUACUUUUGGCCUCGUCGAUUAGUCGAUCAUUUGCAGUUCUGUUAAAGAAAAACUGACUUGAGUAUUUAGUUACAGAUGCUUGAUAUUAUAUCCUUUCGGUGAAUUGGUACUCUAGGUCAUUUAAAUUUGUUUUCCUCAACCCUUCUGUAGUUUUUGUCGAGGAUUGUUGGGAGGGAGUCCCACAUUCGCUA